AUGUCAGCCUCAAGGGCAGCGGUAAAUAAUAGAGGUCACGGAGGUGUCGCAGGAACUGGUAAUGUUGUUCCUGCUGUGGGCAGUGGUGUAGAUUUGGGAGGGGGGGAGGGAGGCGGCAGUGGUGGAGAGCUCGACAGGAAUUCGCACGAUAGGAUAAACAGCGAGUUAGUGGACGUGGAGAAACAUUCGAGGGACCCUUCACCCAUGCGCAGGAACACAUCAACCCCCGGACUCUCUGACAGCAAUACUUCCACUUCUACCCUCAAAAAGAAGCGGAAGCCUAAUGUCGUGAGAUCAGCCGCGCCGUCACGAGAAACCUCCCCUACACGCUCCGGCACUCCUGCACCUGGUUCGUCCAGAAAUGCCCAACCGCAAUCUCAGCCGGAUCUCCAUCAACCACGACCGCACCGCCCUUUAGCGAACGCUCCUCAUUGGCCUCCAUCGACCCGGUUAGCUGUAACGAGAACUCCUCCCCCAGACUCUCGAUCACCUGCCCUCUCCCCACAGAAGAAGGGCGACCGUACUAAUUGCAACACUUCAGCCGGCGUUCCCCAGUCUGUUCAUCUCUUGCGGGACAGGGAAGGAAAUCCGGAGGAUCUUGAGGAGUCUGGUUUGGCAUCAGGCAUGAGGACUCCAAGGAGUAACAAUAGCCCGGCGCUGGAGACGGUUGUCGAGAGCAGCUUACCGACGACACCGGCAAUCAGCACAAGCAAAACCUUGACGGAGCAAGUAGCAGCCCUGGUUAAUCGACAACAGCACAAUACAAUUCCCGAAGAACCAGAAGGGGAAAAGUCGGGCGCGGGGGGGACGAGGAAGCAUAGAACUAGCUCGAUAGCGUCUUCAAUAGCGCCACGAUCGCAAGCGGAAUCCGAGUCAGAGUCGGGCUACAGGAGUGAGGAGAAAACAGCAUAUGCCAACAACAAUAACAACGGCAGAGCUCCACCUCCAUCGAAAGUGUUUGCUAGAAGACCUGCGGUCAUGGGAUCAGAUAACUUUUCGAGGAAUAUGACGGUGGAAACGGAAACAGUAAGCUCGGUUCCGCAGGUCGCUGUUGGGGCUACCGGGGUGCCUGGGGGAGCAAGCAUCAGGAGCAAGAAGAGCAGCGAUACAAUACGAGCACCUAAGAAGGAGAAGAGGAAACCAACGAAGCGUACUGGAGGCGGAGGGUCUACAAACCGUCAGUUGCUGAUAAGAUCUACCUUACUUUUGAUUAUGUUUGACUGAUGUAUCCCUGUAGCAUCGAGCAAAGCAGACCUGUUUGCGAGGAGGGUCGCCGAGGCAGUUGACGAGGCAAAUUCAUCAGAUUCCGAGGAAACUUUUGUCUACGAAUCGAAUCCCCCUGAAGCGUCGCAGAGACCUACUAGCAGAUUCCAUUCACGAACCCCGAGCGCAACAUCGAUCCAAGGGGGGCUAGAUCCUCGGGGGUUGCGAUUGCCUCUGCUUAGUUCGAUGGAUGGAAACCAGAGCACUGGGAGGAAUAGAAUGAAAUUCGCAAGCGCCUCGGCGGGUAACAAUGCCAAUGCGGCAAGUGAUGGGGGCGCGGGAGAAGGAAGCGGUGAUAGAGGGGGAGCAGGAGGGUCGGGCUCAUCGGCGGCUGUUGCGGGAGCUGGCGGCUCAAGGUCGGAGGGGCAGUCAGGUUCCGGACAGAAGGAAAAGGGUGGGAAUUCCAGAGGUCAGAAUGGGCAUCGGAGUCUGUUUCUGCAAGAGUCUCCACUUCUAUCUUCGCACAAAUCAUCGGCACACUCUUUACGGACUAGCUCGACCAUAUCUUCUCGACAGUCAACGUCAGGUCGUCAUGGUUCUGGUUUACGGAACGGGGGAAGCGGAUAUGGCUCGAAGAAACCACCACGAACAUGGGCGUCGUACGAGGCUGAUGGGGAAGGUGCCGGUGAUGAGAGAGUUCCUCUGAUUAAUCGGGCGAAUCGGACUCAUCGCCACAGCCGCAGGCCUGGCAGUGGAACUCUUCGUCAAUUGGAGCACAGUCAACCUCAACGCCGUGGGUGGUUCAGGACAUAUAUAUGCUGUAUCGUUGCGGUGUUCGCUGUCCUUCUGAUUAUGACUGGCGUAGGAGGGUUCUUAUUUGCUACCACCAAGGCCCUACAAGAAGUCAAAGUCUUGGAGAUUACGGGAGUUUUGGUGAGCAAACAGGAACUGAUGCUCGAUCUUGUUGUCUCGGCAGUGAACCCUAAUGCCAUCCCCGUGGUAGUGGGUAACAUGGACGUCAACCUUUUUGCCAAGAGCGCUCACGUGGGUGACGGCAAAGGGAAAGAUGGGGAUGGGAGAGGUGAUGGUCGUGAUGGGGACGGAAGUGUAGGGGAUGACGACCCAGAAGGAGACCCCUGGUGGAGGCUACUUAACCGGAGGAGGAAGAAGCGGGUAAGACGUCGCCAGAUGGUGGAAUUCACCCUCGGCAAAGGCCGAGGCACGAUCCCUUUUACUGCUACUAUUGCGCCUGACGGUGUGGACGAAGGCACCGACCCACCAGAGGAUCUCCCAGAGCAGGAUCGCCAGACAAUGCUCCUAGGCCGAAUAUUUUCAUUCGAUUCAGCCCUCUCCUUUGACGGCUCUCCCCUCCGCCAUAGACACGCAAUCUCUGUUGGCGAGUUGCGCUUGGCGAAACCAGGCAACAAGACCGAGGAAGGGGGAACCGAGCGCUGGGAACGAGUCCUUCAGCACCCCUUCGAGCUCAUCGUUCGAGGGGUAUUAAAAUACCAAUUACCCCUAAGCGGCCGCGUUAGAACCGCGCCAAUUGGUGCAUCGGUAUUGGUUCACCCUGACGGUGCUACAUCGGCCGUUAGCCCGGGGACAGUCCCAUAG